AUGCCAGGUUGUAUAACUUUUGAAACUUCACCACUUGAGCAUGAGGACCAGAUGCAGAUCAUGUUUGAAUCUAUUAGAAGUGGUGAUGGUGAGGGUGAGGUUCAGAGUGAUGGUGGUGGUGGUGGUGAGGAUGAUGGUGAGGGGGGUGACACACCAAAGGUUAGAUCCACCGUAGAUAAACGGGUUGAGAAAAGAGCAGCUCAUUAUUCUCCCAAGGGGAGCAAGAAGACGAAGAAUUUUAGAGAUCAAGAUGAGAUGAAGGCCCCAAAAGAGAUUGCUAGUAUGUUGUAUCAAGUCAUUGAGGAUGGGGCUGAAGAAGGGAGUGAUGAACACUACUAUGCCACACGCCUUAUGAAGGAGUAUCGCGACGUGUUCAUUACUUUGAAGGCGCCAAAUGGGAGAUUGAAUUGGCUGAGGAGGGAAUGGGAGGAUAGGUAG